GCUACGUCUACAGGAGGAUGUGAUGCCACUUCUGUAGAACAAGGUAGAUUCCAUGAAGCUACGUCUGCAGGAGGUGAUGCCACUUCUGCAGAAAGUGUGCCUCUUGCAGCUAAUGCCAGUACUCAUUCCAGUAUUCUUCUUUCCACGCGGGACUAGAGCAAAGUUUUUCGUGUUUACCUUUCUUGGAGUGGAAGAAGACCCUCUUGGAGUCGAAGAUGCUGCUUUCAUCCUCACUUCUGCUGCUUUUGAAGGCAUUGAAAGCAGUAAAAGUGAGGAUGAGCUCCUCGGGAAGACUAAAGUCUAAGGGGCAAGUAGAGGUACCUCGUCCAGCAGGGUCGUGGUUUCAUCGCUUGUCGCAGCUUCAUCAAUAACAGGUCGAAGGCGGAGCAGGAACAGCCAAGAAGAACUUCUCUCGAAAGUAGCAGAAGACCUCCAACUGUUCUUGGAUGGUGAGGACAUCAGUUCCAAAACCCUUCUGGGUGAGGCAGCCCUUUUUCAAGAGUCUGCUUCGAUCGAUGAUCGCAUCUUGCGAGAGAUGAACGAAGGUGAAGUUGAUGAAGGUGGACACGAAGACGAAUUUUUUUCAAGAAUUGAAGAUGAUGCGUAUGCUUUAACGACGAGGAGUGACGAGGACCCCACCACUUUAUUGCUAGAAGUUGGACAUCGAACUUUAAAUAUGCAGUUGCCAGGUCGUGGGGGAGAAAUUUUUGGUGUGAAAAUAGGUGAUAGAAGGCGGAUGCUGGGUGGCCCAGGACGAGGUCUGCACAACUUUCUUACCAUCCCGUCUGUUCAAUCCGUGCGGUGGUUCGCAUCUAAAGAAGCGGAUUGCUCGUUCCUUGAAAAUAUAUCAAAAGGUGCCUCUCAACCUGAGUUAAGCGAGCAGGGUUAUACGGACUAAUUUCUUAUUUUCACAGUAUAUGUUGAUGAUUCCUUAAUAUAGAACUUGACAAAUAACUCGGAAACAGACCGAAGAAAGAGAUAGAGAAACUCCGACACAGAAAAAAUAACUGCCUCAACAUUCUUAUGAUGUAUGACAAAAUUUACAAUACGAAUAGAUACUCUCUAUAGGAAGUAGCGUGCAGCGUUAAGAACAAGAUGGGUAAGCAAAAGGUCACUAGUUGUAUUGUGGACCUCGUUGUGACACUGCCAUUGAUUAGCUUAGAUAACUGGCAUGGGUAGGUACAUCAUGAUCCGUAGGGCUAGAGAAUCUACUUGACGAGCUACCUUGAGAUGAUAGCGCAAUCUAGCCUUUCAUCGUUUUAAAGAGCUACAGCAUAGACCACUCGUCCCCAAAGUAUGGCGAGCGCAAGAACUAUUACAUGCCUAAAAGCUAGGACCACAGUAUGAGAAACAAACAUGAGACAAAGAAAAACGCUAAAGAUGCUAAUUUGAUUGCGGUGGUCACAACACACAUGAUGGCAAACGAUCUUCGCAAGAUAGAUAAGCUAAAUGCAGACUAAAAACACCUGAAAAUGUGACUCCAGCC